AAAAAAAAGUGCCUUAAGGUACUUGACUAAUGAUCCCUUAAUUAUUCCUGGUUUUACUUAUUUGUGUGACUUCACCCUUUUGAAAUAAUUAACAACUAGUUCUCUGUUUUCCCGCAAUCUCGUGUCCAUGAUGUAGACAAUGAGAUGUCUUUCCUUUACUUCGCCGUACUUAAAUUUGAAAAAUGUUCGGAGUUAUUUUAUGAAACAUCCUCUUUCAUUCUUAAUUGGCAUCUAUUUCCCUUUUCUUAUACUUCACCCAUAAAAUUCCUUAGGAAUGAAUGCCUUGCUAAAGGCAAUGAAGGGCUUUUGAAAUAUUUUGUCUGUAGUAACUCCGCCUCAUCAUUGCUCUCUUUUCCUUGUUAACCUUCCAUAAUUUCCUUAUUUUUGCCGAGCUUUAGCCGCGUAAAGAUCAUUGAUGCAAUGUGGCUGUCUAUUCUAUUGAGCAGUAUUUUGUUGGUCUUAGUGAUUGUAAUAUUCCUGACUGUUAGGCAACGCUACAAGGUUUUUAGUGAGACCUGCCUUAGGCCUCCAGGACCCUUGGUUCACGAUGACAAAAAGAGAGAUGACAGGCUCAAGAAAGGAUUCCGCAUGGAUCGGGUUCCUAAAGCUCUGGAUGCUGUGGUUAUUGGAAGCGGUAUGGGUGGUUUGACAGCUGCAGCUGUGUUGGCCAAGGCUGGAAAGAAGGUUCUUGUUUUGGAGCAACAUGAUCAGGCUGGUGCCUUCCAAAAUAAGGGAUUUGAGUUUGACGUAGGUAUUCAUUAUCUUGGCCAGCUUCAUGAGAACAGCCUGCUUCGAGUUGCACUGGAUCAAAUCACAGAGGGCCAGCUGCAGUUUACUCGGCUUGAGGAACACUUUGAUACCUUGCUCUUGGGCCAACCUGGAAAACACAGGCAGUAUUCGAUACAUGCAGGGAAGACUGAAAUGGCAACUGAAUUGAAGAAGCAGUUUCCAGGAGAGGAGGAUGCUAUUGAUGAAUUCUUUCGAUUAAUGAAGUUAGCCUCACAACGGACACCACUUAUUGCCUGUUUGAAGAUUAUUCCAUAUUGGCUGGUCACCUUCCUGGUGCGGACCGGACUAUUAGAUCGUAUAUCGACAGUGUUCCGCCUUGCAACCACGAACCACUCUGAAAUAAUGUCCCGUCUCACAAAAAACAAAGAUCUUCAAGCUUUAUCUGCUUACCUUUUCUACGGUGUGCCUCCGAAGCAGUCGAGUUUUCUCAUCAAUGCGCUCCUUCUUCACCAUUACAAACGUGGCGCAUACUAUCCAAGAGGAGGCGCCAGUGAGUUUGCUUUUCACAUCAUCCCUGUCAUUCAGCAGACAGGGGGCGCUGUCUUGGUCAGGGCACCAGUGCAGCGUGUACUACUAAACCAGCAGGGGAAAGCUUGCGGAGUGACAGUGCUAAAAGGACAAGAGGAGCUUGAGAUCCAUGCUCCUGUUGUCAUUUCCAAUGCUGGAAUCUUCAACACUUUCCAGAAGUUUCUGCCACAACAGAUUCAACAAAAAUCAGAGAUCCAGUCAUUGUUGAGUAUGGUCCGCCAUGGCAUGGGUUCCUUCUUGGUCUUUGUUGGUCUGGAUGGAACCAAAGAAGAGCUGGGAAUUGUUUCCACAAAUUUCUGGAUGUAUAAAGACAGCGACUUGGAUACACUAAUGGAACAAUACUCUUCGCUGACCAGAGAUCAAGUCUUGGGGAACAUUCCUAUGAUGUUCAUCACCUUCCCAUCUGCCAAAGAUCCCACAUCCAACAUUCGACAACCAGGAAAAUCCUGUAUGACUUUGUUAACCAUGGCUCGCUAUGAGUGGUUUGAAGAAUGGGAGGGGACAAAGAUUGGCAAGAGGGGACAGGAUUACCUGGAUCUAAAAAACCACAUGGCUCAGGAGAUGCUGGAGUGGGCCAUAACCAUCUUCCCUCAACUUAAAGACAAGGUGGUUAUGGUUGAUGCAGCCACGCCUCUGACUAAUGUCCAUUAUUUGGGUGCACCAAGAGGUGAGAUGUAUGGCGCUGAACACAAUUUGGAGCGCUUCACUCCUGAAACGGUUGCAAGGACCAGGCCACAAACACCUAUCAGUGGUCUAUACUUAACAGGUCAGGAUGUGUUCUGUAAUGGCAUGGCUGGAGCUUUGCAUGGUGGACUGCUCUGUGCCUCUGCUGUCCUAAAUCAAAUCCUCUAUAUUGACCUUCUGGCACUUAAGAACCGCCUAAAAAAGAAAAAGGCAAAUCAUAAGCUCACCUGAAAGUACUUAUUUUAUUUACUCAUAACACCCAAAAAAUGGAAUCAAUAAAAGUUGCAUUACA